UAAUGGACAUCGAUCGUCAUAUUGCAUCAUUACUUUCAGGAGGAUGUCUUCCAGAAAGAGAUUUAAAGUUAAUUUGUGAAAGAGCAAAGGAAAUCUUCUUAGAAGAAUCAAAUGUUUAACCAGUGAAGGCACCUGUAAAUGUUUGUGGUGAUAUUCAUGGUAUGCUACUAUUGCUUAUCCUUUAGGUCAAUUUUAUGAUUUAUAAGCAUUAAUUAAAGAAGGAGGAGAUAUUCCAGAACAUAAUUAUAUUUUUAUUGGUGAUUUUGUUGAUAGAGGGUAUAAUAGUGUAGAAACUAUGGAAUAUUUACUUUGUUUAAAAGGUAUGAAUUUAAAUUAAUGAUUAUUAGUUAAAUAUCCAGGAAAUAUAGUUCUAUUAAGAGGAAAUCAUGAAUCUAGACAAUGCACUUAAGUUUAUGGAUUUUAUGAAGAGUUAUUAAGAAAAUAUGGAAAUAGCAGUCCUUGGAGAUUGUUUAUGGAAGUUUUUGAUUGCUUACCAUUAGCUGCUUUAAUUGAAGGAUAGAUACUUUGUGUACAUGGUGGAUUGUCUCCAGAUAUGAGAACAAUAGAUUAAAUUAGAACUAUAGAUAGAAAGGUAAUAGAAAUUAAAAAACAAUUUAGAUUGAAAUUCCUCAUGAAGGUCCAUUUUGUGAUUUAAUGUGGUCAGAUCCUGAAGAAGUAGAAUAUUGGGCUGUUAAUUCAAGAGGUGCAGGAUAUUUAUUUGGUGCAAAAGUAACAAAGGAAUUUUGUAGACUUAAUGAUUUGAGUUUAAUAUGUAGAGCACAUUAAUUAGUUAUGGAAGGAUAUAAAUACUGGUUCCCUGUAUAAAUUAUCAUAUAUAUUUUUAGGAUCAAAAUUUAGUCACUGUAUGGUCUGCUCCUAAUUAUUGUUAUAGAUGUGGAAAUAUAGCAUCAAUUUUAUGUUUAGAUGAAUAAUUGUAAUCAACAUGGAAGACAUUUAAAGAAGUGCCAGAGAGUGCUAAAAGUAUUAAUCCAAAGAAUGUUCUUCCAUAUUUCUUAUGAAGU